GUGCCCCGCCGGUUAUCCCCGUUGUCCAUGGAUGCAGCUACUUUAGCUUAGCUCAUUUAAACUCUCGCAAGUGUGUCAGCGGCUCGUUGCGGGAACUUGUGUGGGAGAGCAGAAGCAGAAGACGGGCCGGACCGUCGCCGUCCCUAAAGCGGACACAUUUUUUCGACUGGAAGUACCGGUUGGCGCCUGAGCGAGACGUCUGGGAGCAGGAACAUGUUGGAGAAGAUGAAGUAUGUGUGACGAGGUAAAGCUGGGAUAUCGCUGCCUGCUGCCGCCCGACCGAGCUCUCCUGUUCACCCCGGCUUCUCCGCCGCUUCAGUUCCCAGGAUAAUGGAUGCUGAGGGAGCCACUCGUCACCCGGAAGCCGAGAGAUUUUGGCAUGUGUCGCAGAACUCUGGAGAUAUGGAUCGUAGGGCGAGAGACGGCGAGAGCUGGAGGACGGUGGCCGUGUUCCUAUCAGGAGGCGCGCCGUGGGGCUUUACGCUCAGAGGAGGGCUGGAGCAUCGGGAGCCUCUGAUCAUAACAAAGGUUGAGGAAGGCAGCAAGGCAGCAGCUGUGAGUCUCCAGGUGGGAGACGAGCUCAUCAACAUCAACGAGAUUCCCCUGAGUGGCUACAGACAGGAGGCAAUCUGCCUGGUGAAAGGCUCCCACAAGACCCUCAGUUUGGUAGUGAAAAGGAAUUUGAAAAUGGUGGAUAUUGUAGCUCAGAAAAUGCCCUCAGAGAAUGACGUGCAUGUGGCGAGAAGCUUUCUUACGAAGAUUUUGCGAAGUUCCAUGAGAAAGAACGGCUUUGAAGGACGGAACGAACCCAUAAGCAGGCCUCACUCCUGGCACUCCACCAAGUUCAAUGAAAGCCAGUCAGAGGCAGGCAGAAGACAGUCUCCACCCACCGCGGUGUGGCACCCCAGAUAUGAUGCAAGCUCCAGCUCAUCUGCUACAGACCUCACCUCUGGCUGGGAGCAGACUAACCUGCGCAGAGUGUCCGACCAGUUCAGCUCUCAUGGAAGCAUGGAUAGCCUAGAACAGGUCCCACACUCAUACGCAGGUGGUCAGAUGUCACCUGCUAAGUCAAACAACAGUAUGGAGCACCUUGGAGGAGGGAAACGAGACUCUGCGUAUAGCUCCUUCUCUACAAGCUCAAGCACUCCAGACUACUCACUCUCAAGAAGCAAUGCUGCCUCGACAGAGAACGUAGCCUAUAAAGGAGGUCAGUGGGACGCAGGCGCGAAACACAGCAACGGAAGAAACAGCCAGAGCUUUGCUGCUGAUGGGGGCAGACCGGAUGAAAGACUGACAUAUUUUCAGAUGCCAGGAGUUGACUCAGGCCACAGCGGUCCUCAUCCGGGGGAUUCACCUGGGUCCCGUCACUCCUCUUCAAGCAGAACCAGCUUUGGGCCUGUGUGGAAUGUCCCUGAGAGAAAGAGGACGGUUUCAGCCUCUCCUCCCCCUCCUCUUCCUCCUGCACGCAGCGAUAGCUUUGCUGCAACUAAGGCACAUGAGAGAGGGGUUAAGGCUCACCCCGACGGACCUGAUUCCCACCUGGGCUACAAGGUUUCUGCAGAAAAUCGCCACAGCCACAACAUUUCUCCAAAGAGUGACGGUGAGAAUGAUUAUGAUAAAGGCAGUCACCCCACAUCCAGUUCAAACAAGCAGUAUUCCUUCUACAGCAGCGAUGUCGGGCAGCAACACGUUCCCCAUGCUAGCCAGCUCUUCCAUCCAAGACAACAUGCUGACAAAAGCACUUUCCAUCCUCAGGCCUGGUCUGUAUCUGCACCAAAGCCACAGAACGCAGGUGGGUACCACUGCAGUUCGCAAGAACCUCCUACUAACGGUUCUACUCAGCACUCGAGCCAGAACCACAGACGAAGCUUAUCCGCCUCUCUGUCUUCUACAACUACCAACCAAAACGCAGAGACCACCGGACCGAGCCGAUAUUACUGUGUCACUGCUUCCAACCAGCCCAACGCCUCAUCUUGGUCAGAUUUACCAAAUGACCGGAGGAGUGGUGCUGGUGUAGAUCCGUCACUGACUGGACCCGAGCAGACAGUCCCCAAAGUCAAGUAUCAGCACCACCCAUCUCACAACAAAGACAGCAAUGCUUACAGCAAGCCCCAAGUGACUACUGUUCCAGAAAGCUCAGAGCUUAAACACUUCGUUGAUGAUAAGGAAAGCCAGAGAGGACACAGCGCACAUAUGGCAGAUCAUUUGCAUCUUGGUAAUCUUCCCAGGAAACAGCCUGAGCAGAGGAGGUCCCUACCAGCUCAGCUCAACUCUCACCAAGACAUCAGACUUAGCAGCCAGGCGAGCAACCAGUUCAGCCCUCAGACAACCCCAAUGCUUCACUCCCUAUCUAUAGAUGUUGAAGGCCAACAGGAAAAAUCCAGUGGUCCAACCUCUGAGGAGUCCCUCGAAAGCAAGCAGGUAAAGCGCAGUGAGCGGUUCGCCACCACACUGAGAAAUGAAAUCCAGAUGAGAAGAGCACGGCUGCAGAAAAGUAGGAGCGCAGCUGCUCUCCCUGGGGUUGAGGGUCAAGCAGAAGAUCAGGAUUCGUGCAUAUCCACUAAGAUUUCUACCCCAACCUCUGCAGAUGGGUCCUUCUCUAACGCCUACAAACACGAUUUAAAGGAAGCACAAGCGAGGGUGCUCAAGGCUACCUCUUUCAGGAGAAGAGAUCUGGAACGUGUCGUGCUGGAGUACUCGGUAGGUGAGACCCAGAACAACCACCAGCCCUCAAUGCAGGCUCGCAAAGAUGUCGACCCUCUGGCAACGGUCACCGAGUCAGGAACAAAUCAUUCCUCUGGUCACGUAACCCGCAUUGGUUCCCGGAAGCGCUUCCCUCCUGAAAAGAAGGUCCGGUCUUAUUCAGAACCAAAUAAACUUUAUGAAAUUGGGGUUAAUGAAGGUCUGGCUCCUACUGAGAACGCAACCUCUUCUCUAGACCACCAAAAAAACUUAAAUGAAACUAUGAAACCAGGUUUCCCUGAUUCCAUGCCGCCUAAAAGCCAGUUGAAGUACCAAGGCAAAGAUCAGGCCUCUAGAAUUACAACAGAGGAUACAAAGAAGGAAAUCAAGAGCAUGAAGGUUUCUUACCCUAUGCCAUCUUCCCAACAUAAGCAAAGACUUGAUACAUUCGCAGAGUAUGAAGCAAGUUGGAAAAUACAGAGCAAACACCCAGAUGAAAAAGCCUCUGGACGGUAUCGUUCAGCCGAUAACAUCCUAGAUCCAGGACCAGAGGACAGAACCCAGAGGAAGGGUUUCCAUGAGAGGUCCAGAUCCUCGCCCACAGCAGACAUGUAUGGACAGCCUCAUUUACAGAAGAUUCCAGUUCCUGAAACUAAGCGUAACACAGACUAUUCCCAGACGAAGAGUAAACCUGCUGAGACGCUCGUCGCAGAGACAAGGUUCUCCGACACCAGUUCAGGUGACUGCAAAGAGGGAGAGAAGGCAGCAGGGAUUGAAAACGACUUAGCACCACCCCCUCCACUCAUGACAGGGGCCAAUCCUGACUGCAGACAGAGAUCCACUGCUGCUGCCACCAAGAACCACAAGUCUGUGCCCAUUUCUCCCAGUCCCACGGAGCCAGAGGAGCACAGCCACAUAGAGCCCCCGUCUUUGCCAGGGAAGAAGCCCUCCCCAGCUAAGCAUCAAGAAAUCAACUCCCAAAAGUCCUUCACCGGCUCCCAGAGUGACGUCCUCACCCAGUGCUCUACAAACUUUGAACCUUACCCCACUUUUUAUCCCCCCGCUUCUGCAAAUACAGAUUCUGAGCAGGGCAAAGGACUUAUGGACAAAGAACAAGGGGCAGUACACCAUCCAUCAACAUCCAAUCCUCAGCUCGCCUCCUCACCCCCGGCUUCCUCCCACAGACCCUCGGGGCUUUUCAGCAUGGAGGGACAGCGCUCUCCCUCUCCACAGUUUUCUCCACAGAAACUCAGCGACAAGCCUCCUCCCGUCUCGCUAAGCGAGGACGAGUCUAGCAGGGUGGAGCAUUUGAUAGAAAAGCAGAACACCGCAGCGAGGAAAGUUCCCAUCAGGAUUGUACACUCAGAGGGAAGUGAAGAGAAGGAGAACUCUCCCUUUCUGCAGCAGAGUGACCUCCCUCCCGGUGAAGCCGAGGGCCAGAGUGUGGCCCGCUUCAGCGCUCUGCCCGCUCUGGGACAGGACUCUGUUUUCUGUGCCUUCACCCGGCAGAAGGAGCCCGAAGACACCGAGAUGCAGAGAGUUGCCCAGGGAGAGCCAUACAUGAUUACUGUGGGAGAUCAUUUGAGCUCCAACAGCGAGGAGCCCAGCAGCCAGGGAGAAACCACAGGACUGAGUGAGCAGGAGGAUCAGAAGAGAGAGGAGCUGGCCAGGGACAUCAUGGGGAAGGAUAAGUCGCUUGCUGAUAUUCUGGAUCAGAGUAAGAUGAGGACCACGAUGGACUUGAUGGAGGGGAUCUUCCCUCAGGAGCAGCAGCUCUUAGACGGAGCCCACCAGCGCAGGAAGGCGCCGACCAAGCAGACUAACUCCCGGUCCGUCGAAGAGAGGGAAAAAGAGGACAACAUGGCAGCAGCCAUGGUGACCAGUUCAACAUAUUACAGCACCUCAGCUCCCAAAGCUGAGCUCCUGAUCAAAAUGAAGGACAUGCAGGAAGAGGAUGAGGAGGAAGACUCAGAGGAUGAGCUGGACAUUGGUUUGAACAACAAGAAGCAAGAGCUGAUCGACAGCCUCAGUAAAAAGCUGCAGGUGCUGCGCGAAGCUAAAGAGAGCCUUCUGGAGGACAUCCUAGACAACAACAUGCUAGGAGACGAGGUGGAAGCCCAGGUCCAGCAGGUGUGCCGGCCAAACGAGCUGGAAAAGUUCAGGAUGUUUGUCGGAGACCUGGACAAGGUGGUUAGCCUGCUGCUGUCGCUCUCGGGCCGCCUGGCCCGGGUGGAGAACGCCCUCAACAAUCUGGAGGGGGAUGCUACACCGGAGGAAAGGCGUACUUUGAUUGAGAAGCGGAAGCUUUUGAUCCGACAACACGAGGACGCGAAGGAGCUGAAGGAAAACCUGGACCGUAGGGAGCGGAUAGUUUUCGACAUCCUGGCCAGCUACCUGCCAAAAGACAGCCUUGCAGACUACGAGCACUUUGUGAAGAUGAAGUCUGCGCUCAUCAUCGAGCAGCGUAAGCUCGAGGACAAAAUCAAACUUGGUGAGGAGCAGCUUAAGUGUCUGAUAGACAGCCUGCCCAUAGAGCAAAGACUGGCCUUGUAAAAAAAACAAAACAAGGUCUUAAAGUGCAAAAACCCAGCAGCCAUGAAAGCUUGGUCAUGCAGCUUCAGGUUUCACUUUAGCCGUGUCCCCAGCAGAGGGCGACAGAGACCAGAGCCUGCAGAUGAAAGGCCCGUCUGGAACAAAGGAAUAGUGUUCUUUUCUUUUUCUGUUCGCUUCACCACUUCACGUUUUUGUUGUAUUGUUUUGGACCGGAUGGGAUCGACGGCACCGUUUGGACUGAAUCCGUCUCUGAGCGACUCUAAGUUUAAAGACACGGCUCCUCGCGGGACUCACCAACCACUAUAUCUAACGUUCUGAACACCAUUUUUACUGCGUUUGUUUUCCUAGUAAUUUAUUGUAGCCUUUUGAAUCUGCAAAGAAGGAUGGGGCAGUACUAUGUCAUCCGUUGAUCUGAGCAGCCAUGCUACCUGAUGUGUUACAGUAUUUAUCGUGUUCUGAGUUUAUUUGACGGCGUGAUCGAUAAAAAUCCAAAUAUUUCAGGUAACUUUAUUGCGAUGUCCUCUAACAUAUAAACUAGUAGCCUUUUCAGUAGAGUUUUUGUGGCCUUGCCUUUCCCCCCGGAGAAAUGUUUCUUCACACGGCUUCACCGAACAGAACUCUGACUCAGACUUGAAAUAAACUUCCUGUUUGCAGUGAUUAUAGAAACAAAAUCACUAUCGUCACCUUCACUCGGUGCUUUUUCUUUUUAUUCACAUUAGCAACCUGUUUAUUGAUUACCACUUAUAUAGUGACUGUUUUAUAUCAUGUGUGUUAUGACUUCACUGUGUUUUGUUACGCACAGUGCAGAAGCCGAAUGCAUAAAUAAAGUUGUUGUUACUUGAAUAGUACUAUAAAAUUAGUUUUGGCGGAGCUUCUAGCAGCCAAAUAUGGAAAAGAUCACAGAAAGCAAACUUUAAAAUCGUUAGGCCUUGUGGGUUGAAUCAAGCUGCGGAGCCUGAUGGGAAGGUGUUUGUUUUGCAGGUACCAGGUUUGCUACACUUUUACACGCUUCAUACACUGCUGCAUCCUGACACUAAACACUUCAUCAGCUGUGGUCCCUCAUUUAAAAUAAAGGCUCUGCUGAAAUCACA